AUGAGUUCCUCGAGCACCCCCAUCCAAUCCAGCAACCAACCAUCGCAACAGUCUACCACGGCCACUCAAGACUUGCCAUGCUUCGACUGCCGACGGCGAAAAGUCAAGUGCUCCAAGACGGAGCCAUGUGCGAACUGUCAACGAUUCGGGGUCGAAUGCGUCUACGAGGAUACAGGCCGCCUGGUGCACAGACGGACGCCCACCUCCAAUGAUCCCCUGGUCAGACGCAUCGCUGAACUCGAAGAACUUGUGCGGAACUUGAGUCGUCGACCCCAACAAGGCAACCCAAUGAACACCAUGGCCGAGAAUAUUGGCCAGAAGUUUGCGAACCAAGCGCCUGCCGUUGGCAACACCGAAGGCAGGCUCGUCUUCGACAAGGACAGGUCUCGUUACCUUCACAAGGGUUUCUGGGCCGCAAUGUACGACGAAGUCAGAGACUUGAAGUUCACUUUGCAGGAAGAGCCGAAGGCGCACGGAGACACGUUUCUGUUUCCCUACAUUCGAGAAGAGGCCUGCCGACCGGCCGUUGUUGAUCUGCCGACUCGUGAGAGCGACUUCUUGGUCCAAACGUUUGUCGAAAAGGUCGACCCUUUCGUCAAGAUUCUGCACAAGCCGACACUUCUCCUGGAACUGAAUCACUUUCGCCGUGGCAUUUUAGCAAAUUCGGCCGAGUUCCAAGUCCGUUUGUUCGCCGUAUAUGCCUUGGCACUGUUACCGCUUUGUUCGACCAUGGUGGAGUAUCGUUUCCACGAAGUGAAAAAGGUAUUGCUGUCGCGCUACCGGUCGCAUGUCGAGCAGGGGCUAAGCCAAUUGAACCUGACGACAACUCAAUCCGUGUCGACACUACAGACAUUCUUGCUCUAUAUUACAUUCCUGUUUUGGACGGGCGAAAUGCUCCACGUUAGCACUCUUCUAGCCGUGGCCCUUUCCAUGGCAAGAAGAAUGGGCCUCAACCGAGAUGGGACGCACUUCCACCUAAAUCCCUGGGAGAUUGAGCUGCGUCGACGGCUAUGGCACCACCUCGUUCUCCUGGACACCUGGUGCGUUGAAAACCACGGCCUCCAACCACUGCUCCGGCUCGGCGACAGCGACACUUCUCUUCCGCUGAACGAAAAUGAUUCCGCAUGGGAUACCUCCGAGUUCUCCUCGUAUCAGCCACAACCGCAGAACAACUUCACGGACGCGACCAUGGCGCUCAUGCACUACGAGUUCGGGUCUCUCACGAAAUUCAUCCUCGACCACCCGUACACGCCCGCGACGACGACGCGCAGCUACUUGGACCUCCAGAACGAAGUGCUCCGCCAGGCCCACCACCGCAUGGACAUCCUGUACAUGCGCAACCUCGACACGGAGAACAACGUGCUCCACCGCCUGGCGAAGGACCUGUUCGACCACUCCUUCCGCCGCCUCCGCCUGAUGCAGCUCCAGCCGAUCGUCAACGCGAAGGGGACCAUCGUGGCCGACGCCCAGCGCCCGGGUCUCGAGGCCAAGAUGUACCAGCUCGCCGUCGAGUACUGCAAGGCCACCCAGACGCUGAUCGACUUCUACACGCCCUACAGCCUGGACUGGGCCGUCAUCCGCGCUUUCUCGUGGCACUCGGUCGCGACCAUGCUCUCGAUGGUCCUGCGCCACGAAGCCCUGAGCAAUUCGCUCGAAGCCCGCGCAGCGAGGCACCGCAUCGAGCUGCUGUUCCAGAACAGGCCCUCGAUCGACUAUCUCGCCGGCAACGACAAUCUGUGGGAGCCGCUGAGGAUGCUUCGCGCCGAAUUGGCCGUGAGGCAGGCCCUGCCGGUGCGGCCUUCGCGGACGGGGAUGGUGCCGCCGGCUGGGAAUGAAGCGCGGCAGGGUCAAGGCCAGACUCCGGCACAGCUACAACCACAAGCACAAGCACAUGCACACGCACACGCACACGCACACGCAGCGGCGCAGGGGACCCCUGACGUCAGUACAGAGGGUGGUGCUGGUGCUGGUGGUGCUGAUUUGGUUUCGAUGACCUCCACGAGCAUUGAUCCCGCAUUGUUCGGCUUGGCCACGGGAUAUGAGGGCGAGGUGAUGGGUUCUGAGCAGUGGUGUGAUUUCGAAGUCUACAUGUGA